AUGAAGCAAAUUUACAGAGUUCCUUUCGAGAGAAACACAGAACGUGUAAAGCAACUGCGAUAUGACUAUGUGCAGAGAGUGAUGGAACUAGAAGCAGAUGCAAUGGGACAUGAGCUACUUUUUGUUGAUGAGGCCGGUUUUAACCUCAGUAAAACCAGGAGACGUGGCAGCAACAUUACUGGACACCGUGCCAUCAUCAAUGUCCCAGGACAACGUGGUGGAGGUCUCGCAUUGCGUGGAGGAACUGGACCAGGGCGAGAUGCUGUGCGUUUUGUUCGGGUGGGUGUGGAGACCACGCUGGAGCGAAACCAGAUCACACGUGACCACCUGGUCUAUGUAUGUGUAAUCGUGCUCCACUGGGACUGUGCUAAAAGUCAGGGGGCUGUAGAGCUGUCUGGAAUGCUACUGGUGCCACCACACAGUAAACUACAGAGUGAGAAAUCACACCCACCAGUGCCCAGCUGUGUCUCCAUGAAGAGUGAUGAGUCUAUGGAUCUUCCUUUGGUAUUUAGCACUGGAAUCUCCUCACCUGUACACAGAGUGAAGCGUCUCUCUGCUCUACUGGAGAAUCCUGAGUGUAAAGUGAAAGAUCUGAGGUUGGAGGAUUGUGGAGUAUCAGAUGAAGGCUGUGCUGCUCUCGCUUCAGCUCUGAGAUCAAACCCCUUACACCUGAGAGAUCUGAAUCUGUCUGUGAAUAAAGUAGGAGACUCAGGAGUGAAGUUUCUCUCUGCUGUACUGGAGAAUUCUCACUGUAAACUGGAGAUACUGAGGUUAUGUGAUUGUGAAAUAUCAGAUAAAGGCUGUGCUGCUCUCGCUUCAGCUCUGAGAUCAAACCUCUCACACCUGAGAGAAUUGAAUCUGUCUAGAAAUAAAGUAGGAGACUCAGGAGUGAAGUUUCUCUCUGCUGUACUGGAGAAUCCUCACUGUAAACUGGAGAAACUGAGGUUGUAUAAUUGUGGAGUAUCAGAUGAAGGCUGUGCUGCUCUUGCUUCAGCUCUGAGAUCAAACCCCUCACACCUGAGAGAUCUGGAUCUGUAUAGGAAUAAAGUAGGAGACUCAGGAGUGAAGUUUCUCUCUGCUGUACUGGAGAAUCCUCACUGUAAAUUGGAAAAACUGAGGUUGUGUGAUUGUGGAGUAUCAGAUGAAGGCUGUGCUGCUCUCGCUUCAGCUCUGAGAUCAAACCCCUCACACCUGAUAGAACUGGAUCUGUCUAGGAAUAAAGUAGGAGACUCAGGAGUGAAGUGUCUCUCUGCUGUACUGGAGAAUCCUCACUGUAAACUGGAGAUACUGGGGUUGUGUGAUUGUGGAGUAUCAGAUGAAGGCUGUGCUGCUCUCGCUUCAGCUCUGAGAUCAAACCCCUCACACCUGAGAGAACUGGAUCUGACUGGGAAUAAAGUAGGAGACUCAGGAGUGAAGUGUCUCUCUGCUGUACUGGAGAAUCCUCACUGUAAACUGGAG